AUGAAUCCACAGUACAGAGAGAUGUUGCGGAGGCAGCUGCUACAGCAGCAGCAACAGCAGCAGCAGCAGCAACAGCAACAGCAGGGGAGUGCGGGCAUGACUGGAGGCAUGGCCGGACACAGCCAAUUCCAGCAGCCACAGGGACCUGGAGGUUAUCCCCCAGCCAUGCAGCCACAGCGGAUGCCUCAGCAUCUACCCAUCCAGGGCAGCUCUAUGGGUCAGAUGGCAGCCCAGCUGGGGCAGCUGGGGCAGCCAGGGCUGGGUGCAGAUGGCACGCCCAGCAUCCAGCAGGCCCUGCAGCAACGGAUUCUGCAGCAGCAGCAGAUGAAGCAGCAAACUGGGUCACCAGGCCAGCCGAACCCCAUGAGCCCCCAGCAGCACAUGCUCUCAGGACAGCCCCAGGCUUCUCACCUCCCUGGCCAGCAGAUGGCCACGUCCCUCAGUAACCAGGUGCGAUCUCCAGCCCCUGUCCAGUCUCCACGGCCCCAGUUCCAGCCACCACAUUCUAGCCCAUCACCACGGAUACAGCCCCAGACUUCGCCUCACCAUGUCUCUCCUCAGACUGGCUCCCCCCACCCCGGACUCACUGUCACCAUGGCCAGCUCCAUAGAUCAGGGACACCUGGGGAACCCCGAACAGAGUGCAAUGCUUCCACAGCUCAACACCCCCACCAGGAAUGCACUGUCCAGUGAGCUUUCCCUGUGUGCUGCAAAUGGAAGAGAAGAGGCGUUACAAGAAGUAAGUCUGGAGCAGGAGUUCAAGGCAAAAGACUUUUCCUCGGAACUAUCUGAGAUAGAAAUCUUCCCUUACACCAGUACCUGGAAUUUGGACUUAGAGACUCCUAAAUCCAAGAGAGACUUGCCGCAACAUAAGAAACCAGCAGCAGUGUGA